AUGAACCCAAACCAAACACCAACCCCCAAUCUCAAACGCCGCCGUCUAAACACCACCACAACAACCCUAUCAUCACCCUCAUCAACGCUCACCAAACCAUUCAAAUCGCCUCUGCGCAGACCAGCCCAAGCCCAAGUCCAAGCACCAGCACCAGCCCCAGAUACCACCAGCACUACCACAACUACCACAAACACAUCCUCUUCAUCCUCCAAAGACACAACACCCGCCACCCCCAAACCCAACCCCUCAUCUUUCACCACCCCAGUCCCCAAGCCCACCCCCAAAGAAAAGAGAGAACAGAAGCAAAAAGAAGAAGAAGAAGACCCCUCCCUCUUUACCCUCCGCACCACCCACCGGCACCUCCAAUCCCGACUCCUCUCUCUCCGCACAGAAAUAGAAACAGUUACUCAGGCGCAGCGCAUCGAGGAAUCCCACCGCGAUGAGGAACUAGAGAAGUUGAUUGUGAAGUGGAGGGGUGUGGGGCAAAGGGUUGCGGAGGAGGUGUUUGAGGGCGCGAGGGAGCGGGUUGUGAGGAUGGGGGGUGUGAGGGGGUGGCAGGGGAUGGAAAUGAGUAGGAGUAAGGGUGGUGGUGGUGGGUGGUGGGAGGAUGGUGAUAAUGAUCAUGAGAAUAGUAGCUAUGGUCAUGAGGAGAAGGGUGGGGGUAAGGAGAAGGACGAGGAAGAAGAUGAGGAAGAGGAGGAAGAGUUCACGAUAGGGAUGAUGUUGAAGUCGAUGGGGAUCGAUUUCAAGGUUAUUGGGUAUGAUGGGGAGGGGCAGAGGUGGGUAUGA